AUGGAAGGUAUUCGAAUCUUCUUCCAACGUCCCUUCGACUAUCAGUACGCUCGGGAGUACAGUGGUGCCAUUAUGACACCAACGUUAUGGGUUACAGCCGCCUAUGUCACAUUGGUGUUUGGUACUAAGGCUUAUAUGAAAGACAAAAAACCAUUUGAUGUGAGUUUAUCUUUUUUUACAUUUUGAGUACUGUGAAAAAUGGAAUACUGUAACUUUUAAAUUUUUUCUGUUUAGUACUGUAACUAAAUGUAUUAUUAUACUGUAGGCUAACUUUUUACAGUUUGAUAAGUUAUACAGUAGCCAAAAACUGAAAGAUACUGUAAUUUUAAAACUUUUUUAAAAUUUUUAAAAAAUUUUAAAUUUUCAGUUACGCCGCCCCCUCCAAAUCUGGAAUCUGAGUCUAGCCCUAUACAGUGGAGCUGCCUUCUUAAUCGCGACCAAAGAAAUCUUGACAACAUGGUUCAAUAAAGGAUUGGCAGCCACCUACACCGACAUUGACAGCUUCUACAAUGGUACUUGUGGUGCUUGGGCCUACCUGUUCAUGCUCUCGAAAUACUACGAAUUGGGUGAUACCGCGUUCCUGGUACUGAGGAAACGACCAUUGAUGCUGAUGCACUGGCUGCACCAUCUGACAACGUUGAACUUGGUACUGGCUGGAUAUCAUUAUGAUACUCAUUUGUACAGUUGGUUGCUGUGGAUGAAUACUUUGUAAGUAUUGAACUAGAAUUGUCUUACUCUUUAUCAUUAGGGCUAUGGCUAGAGCUUGAGCUUAGACUUAAGAUUAGGCUUAGGCUUAGGCUUAGACUUAAGAUUAAGCUUAGGCUUAGGCUUAGGCUUAGGCUUAGACUUAGGCUUAGACUUAGGCUUAGGAUUAGGUUUAUUCUUAGGCUUAGGCUUAAACUUAGGCUUCUUUUUAGUCUUAGGCUUGAGCUCAGGCUUAGGCUUAAAAUUAGGCAUAUUCUUAGACUUAGGCUUGCGCUAGGGCUAAAUUUUAAGCAAAAUAAAAAGUUUUUAACUUUAAUAUUUAAAAUUUACAGUAUCCACACCCUGAUGUACUCCUACUACUUGCUAGCCAGCUGUGGUUACCGUCUACCAGCCGGCUUUGCCAAGAAGAUUACCACAAUGCAAAUCAUCCAAUUCUGCAUCGGCUUAUCAAUCCUAGCUUACAUCGGUGUUCUGAAGCUGUUCACAAACUCAGAAACCCACUGUAACUGGCGUAUGUGGUGGGGUACUGUAUUCAUGGAGAUACUGUACUUGACCUUAUUCUCACACUUUUACUACGUCAGUUAUAUCAAGGACGGUGGCAAGAAGUUUGUCCGGGAUCAGAAUGAGAAGAAGAUGGAAAAAGCGCAAUAA